CUGUCCCGUGUUGAGCACUACAGGUAUGUCGGCCACGAGUCAGUUUGCCGAAGUCCAGUUCGAAAGGAGUGAGGCUGUGAGGCUCAAGAACGUCAAGACGGAACACUACGUGUGCGUCCGCUCCGUGGGCUCGAAACACAUUCUGGAGGCAAAGCCGCUGCACGUGCUCGAGGACGACGAGGUUACAUUCAAAUUUUAUUUCUACAGAACAGCUGACAUUGAAGACACCCAGCUUGUACUACCAAGACAUGAAGCUACCAAGAAAUAUAUAAGCAUGGACAAGAAAUACAGACUAAAUCUUAAAGAUGAUCCAUAUGAGACGCCCCGUUCUCCUGAGGAAUUAAAGGAAGCUGACAACAGGUUCUUCUACAUAAAAUUCCCUGAAGGGGACGCCACAAGGAUAUUGUUAGAGGGAAUGAAUGGUUUACGGAAGAGAAACUAUUUUUUGGCUGCCGGAGAAAAUUUGAAGAGUGUUGUUGUGAAAAUGCAUGAAGGGGACGUGUAUCCAGAAGACAUCAUGUUUUUCUAUGAAAAGGUCACUGAUAAUCAUAUUAACUCUGUUUAAUUGUUUAGGUACUGCAGAGGUUGACACUUGUAUGCCGUACAUUCGCUAAUCCUAAUUAAGGGCCACCUAAAUAAUAGUUUCUAAAAUGUUACAUGGAAUACAUUUUUGCUUUUUUAUGUGCACUGCUGCGCGUAAAAACUAUUAUUACCUCCGGUCUCUUGUUUAUUUCCAGUAUAACACACAAAAGAGCCAGAAACCGGCCGUGUUCUAAAUAAAAAGAACCAUACAACUGAAGCGGUAUUUUCAACCUCUGCUACAGUGCUCAGUAGCGGUUGUUCCUCCGACAGGAAUGUUUGUGCUUCGUUACUGUUAUUGUAUCACUUGAAAGAUGUAUUAUAUGUUGUAGUUACAUGAUUCAAAACAUAGCAGUACACACGUUUAAAUAAAUAAUACUGACAUUAAUACAAGAAUGAUGAACUACAAUAUAUAACAUGUGAGUAAUGAACUGAAAUUUAUUAAACUUUGUAACAGUUCACUUCAUGCACUGUUCACAGAUUUUGCUUUGUUAAAGAAUAAUCUAAACAGGUAAUUGUGCAGUUACAGAGAAAUUUUUCAUGCAGUAUUGUUUCAAUGUUGAACACUUAGAUAACGUUGAUCAAAGGAGUACUGGAAAGCAAGUAUAUAUGAAAAUAGGAAGUGAUAACGUGUAACAACUUGUAAACAACAAUGUACAUCAUUAUUCACCAAUGUAUAAUGACUAGUCGAA